AUGUUACUGCAGAGCGCCACGGCGGCCGUGCUGCGACCGCUGGCACAUCUCAGCCCCGACGAGGAGCCGCUGGUGCUGCAGCAGUUCCUGCGCUUCGGCGAGACGCGCGCCAUCACGCACGCAGCUGGCUGCGCGCAGCAGGAGCUGAGCGCCGGCGGCAACGCGGGGCGGCGCCGGUGGCCGCCGCCGCCGCGGCCGCCGCUCGCCUCCUCCGCCGCUCGUCCAGCCUGCAGCAGCUGGUCGACUUCCGACAUAAGAAGUUUCAUCGAGCGGCACGGCCGCCGCGUGCCGCCGCUCGGCCAGGUGCCCCGGCUGCCGGGGGCAAGCAGCCUCCGCGCUGCGCGCCGCCCGCGCCGCACCGCGAACGCGCGGCGAACGCGAGCGCGACCUGCGAGCGAGGGAGCGCGAGCGCGAACGCGAGCGCGAGCACGAACGAGAGAGAGAGGCGAACGGAGAGGCGCCACCCGGACGUCGAGAAGAGCGCAGCGCGGAGUACGCUCUGCGCCUCAAGACGCCGACGCGCGCGUCGCCCCCACACCUCCUCCACCUGCCGUGCCCACCAACCCGCCGCCCCUCAACCUGGGCCUGCACCCGCCCCGCAGCAGCCGCCGUCUCCCACGCUUCCCUCCCCGCCCACUCGCCGCCCCCCCCCCGCCCAUGUCUUCCCUUCAGAAGAACGUCCCCCUCAACUUCUUGAAGUGGGCCGUCAGCAACGGGCCCUGCACCACGUCCUCCCGCCCCUCCAGCAUCAGCUCCAGCCCGCUGAGCGUGUCCCCGCUCAACCGGCCUGCAAGAGCAUGCAACCUUCGACUUCCGCAAGAUGGGCCCCGGCUUCCCGCCCGGGCUGGGCGGCGCCCCGGCGGCCGAGGCGGCAGCCCCGAGCUGACGCACCGCCGCGAGUGUCCGAAGGCCCGACGCGUCGCCGCCGGGGCUCAUGAACUGAGCCUGACGAGCCCCACGUCGCUGUGCCUGCCCCCGCUGCCGCCGCGCCCGCCUCCACCGCCAACGCGCCCUCCUUCAACCACCACACCGCGCGGCGGCGCCGCCGCCAUGAUGUCGGCCGCCGGCCCGCUGUCGGCGGCGUCUUGGUGCGUCUCACUCUGCGGGGCUCAUCUCGGUCGCGGGCGCGCGUCAAGUCGCCGUCCGCGCUGGCGGCAGCGAGGAGGGAGCAGCGAGUUCGGCUCCGAGGACGACGACGACGACGAGAAAACUCGCUCAGCGCCCUCAACCUGA